AUGGCCCUGCAAGAACGCAAGCUUCCCUUUGGGAAGAUUGAGCCCAACUCGGGCAAGUAUUUCCUCAGCUGUGCUCUUGGCGGCAUUAUCGCUUGUGGUCCAACACACACCGCCGUCACACCCCUUGAUCUCGUCAAGUGCCGUCGUCAAGUCGACCCCAAAAUCUACACAUCCAACAUCUCUGCAUGGCGCUCCAUCUUCGCCAAGGAGGGCCUGCGCGGCGUCUUCUUCGGUUGGUCGCCCACCUUCCUGGGCUACUCCUUCCAAGGUGCCGGCAAGUACGGUCUCUACGAGUACUUCAAGCAUCUGUAUGGCGACACGCUUUUCCCCCAGUCUAACCGCACUCUGGUCUUCUUGGGUGCAUCUGCAUCGGCCGAAUUCUUCGCCGAUAUGGCCCUGUGCCCGCUCGAGGCUAUCAAGGUCCGCAUGCAGACCACACUGCCGCCGUAUGCGAAUAACCUGCGCGAAGGCUGGAGCCGUGUUGUUGCGAAGGAGGGAAUGGCUGGUCUGUAUCGGGGAUUGUAUCCACUAUGGGCGCGCCAGAUUCCCUACACUAUGACCAAGUUUGCGACCUUUGAGGAGACGGUGAACCAGAUUUAUCGGUAUCUGGGGAAGCCAAAGGAGAGUUACGGUCAGUUGACGCAGACCGGUGUGAGUUUCUUGGGUGGAUAUAUUGCUGGUAUCUUCUGUGCGGUCGUCAGUCAUCCGGCCGAUGUCAUGGUGAGCAAGUUGAAUGCCGAUCGAAAGCCUGGUGAGGGUGCCAUGAAGGCAGUUUCUCGAAUCUACGGUAACAUUGGCUUCUCUGGUCUGUGGAAUGGCCUGCCAGUGCGUAUCGUCAUGCUGGGUACUCUCACGGGCUUCCAGUGGUUGAUUUAUGACUCGUUCAAGGUCUUCCUGGGCCUCCCCACCACCGGUGGUCAUUAA